CACACAGCCCAGUGACCGCGCGGCAGCUGCAGCGCUACCACAGGCAUGGUCCCGCACCUCCGCUCCACCGGGCUGAUCGUCCUGCUGCUCGCCUGCUCCGCUAGCCGGGGCGCGGGCGGCGAGGACAAGGCACUGCCCUACGACAGUCAGCGGCUCUGCGAGCGAGUGAAGGGCGCCAGCUGGACCAACAACACUUGCCUGUGCUCCGACUUCUUCAUUCCUGCGCCCAACAGGACACUCUGCCUCACCAGACUGGCGAACGCCGCCAAGCCGUGCGAGGUGAGCGAGCAGUGCGCCGAGCUGAUGCAGUUCGGCGAGUGCCAGGCGGGCAGCUGCGUGUGUCCGGACAACUUCCACUACCUGCGCGGCCAGUGCUGGCCCUCCUCGGGUCUGGACCAGCCGUGCUCCAGGGACGAGCACUGCUACGUGAACCACGACCCGCUGGCAGCGACCUGCGGCGCCGAGGGGGCGUGCGAGUGCAGCGCCGGCUACUACACGCGGGGCAACAUCGACUGUCGCCGGGCGGCCGCGGCGGUGGGCGAAGAGUGCGGCAUCGAUAACGACUGCCGGUUCCCUGGCGGCUUGUGCGAUGCCACCACCAAAACCUGCAACUCUACCAGUCCCACCAGCCCCACCACCCGCACAAGAUCCACCAGCCCCACGAGAUCCACCACCCACACCAGUCCCACCACCCACACCAGUCCCACCACCCACACCAGUUCCACCACCCUCACCAGUCCCACCACCCUCACCAGUCCCACCACCCACACCAGUCCCACCACCUCCAAGAAACCCAUUACCCACUCUAACAAUCACAUGGUGUAUGAAAAGAUGAAAAUCCAGCAACCGGAUCCUAUCAGUAUUCCGAGCACGGCGUCGACAGCUGUGGCCACCACAACGCCUCGGCCGACCCUCGUAGGCGACAGCUGCACCAUCGACGUCAACGGUAACGCAUCGUCGUGCACCGGCCUCGACAACUCCAGGUGCUUCGGGUCCCCGGCUCGCUGCGAGUGCAAUCCCGGCUUCUUCGGCGACUAUGGCAACACCGCCUGCAUUAGGGAGAUCGGGCAGUCGUGCGUCGCGACGGCCGACUGCUCGGGCGUGGACGGCGGCAGCGAGUGUCGGAGCGGGACGUGCGUGUGCGCCACGGGCUCCAUCGCCACGUCCAGCAACAGGGCGUGCAAGCCAGCGAAGAAGUACGGCAACAGCUGCUCGCCCAAGUUCCCCGAGCAGUGCUCCGACUACGGCCGCUGGUGCGAGUGCCUGGACAAGCCGAGCGGCGAGGAGGGCCAGCUGUGCCUGUGCGCCUCGGGCCACCACUUCGUGCAGUCCGAGAGCCUGUGCUGGGUCAGCAGAGGUCUGAACGGGACGUGUCAGGACGACCUGGACUGCGUGGUGGACGUGGGCGAAGCAGUGUGCUCCCGGGGCUCCUGCCAGUGCGCCCCGGGCCUCCACCUCAGCCACGACGGCGCGCACUGCGUCAAUGUCACAGCGCUGGGCGACAAGUGCGCCUCGGCCGAGGACUGCAGCGGCCUGGGGCAGGACAUUGAGUGCACGGCGAACAAGUGCCGCUGCUCGACCCACUACUUCGAGAGCACCGGCUCCCCGGCCUGCCUGCCAGGUCUCGGUGCUUCGUGCUCCUUGGAUGCGUCAUGCUCCAGGGAGAACUCCAGGUGUAUCGACAACGUGUGCGCAUGCGCCGAAGGAUACAUCGCCAGCUCCAAUGGGGAGAUGUGCCUUGAAGUGGCCAAGCUGCUGGGCGCCAACUGCACGGAGAAGCAGCAGUGCACGCGCAGCCUGGGCGAGCUGAGCCAGUGCCUGGGCGGCCGCUGCGUGUGCGCCGACGACUGCCAGUACCGCCUGGGCCAGUGCCGCGAGAAGAAGUCGCCAGGGGACGGGUGCGCCUCGAGCGAGGAGUGCUACGUGGUCAACGACGUCUCCUUCGUGGAGUGCCGCAACAAGGUGUGCCAGUGCAAGUUCGGCUACUCGCUCUCCGACAGCCAGGAGUGUGUGUUCAGCGGCACUGUACCUCGCGUGGCGACUCCCACGGCCGCGCUGCUGGGGGCGCUCUUGGCCGCAGCUGUACACCUGCGCUGAGCGCGGCAAGAGCAGCGGCAGGGGAGGGGGAACAAGCGUCCUAUCCACGUGUGUUGCCUUGAGACAUUCAUGAAACAAUGCAUCAGAACUGUACAAACAUACAAUCAUGGUAAACAUUUACAAACGAUUAUGAUUGUACAAGCAAUGUUCUAUAUAUAUUUUCUCUUCAUUCGCCAACCCCCUCCCCCCCCCCCCCCAAAAAAAAACGAAUACGGAAUUUUAUUUUUCUUAAUUUGUAAAAACAUUUAUUGUAAUUGUUUUAACUCAAGAUUUUAGUCUGUAUUUCCUAAUAACCAAUACAGAGAUAAUAAAGUAAACUCUUUUUUUCACAAUA